AUGGCAGACACAAAAGCUAUCAAGACAGACUGGACAGCAGAGGAGGACACCGAGCUCCCGGAGCCUACGGAAGUUACUGGCGCGGAUGGGAUCACGGUGAUCACUACUUGGAAGCUGAACGAUGAUGACAAGAAGGUCAAGACCGUGAGGCGGGUCAGGCGGAAGUUGCAGACUCAGCUCGUGUCGCACGAUGUGGCUGAGCGAAAGGGAUGGGCCAAGUUCGGUGCCGACAAGAACAAGCCAGCCGGCCCAGACCGCGCCACCACUGUCGUUGGCGAAAACCUCCAUUUCAAAAUCUCCGCUGCGUCAAAGCAAGUCGAGCCAGAACCCGAAGCCGCCAAGGCACCCACCGGCAAAGGUGUCGUAUGUCGUCUCUGUAAGGGAGGACAUUUUACUGCCAAGUGUCCCUACAAGGAUGCUUUGGCCGCUAUCGACUCUAUGGACGGAGGUGGCGAGGAGGGCGCGGAUGAGGUGGAGGCUGCACCAGCGGGCGGUCUCGGAGCGAAAGGGGCGGGUAUACCAGGCAAAUACGUCCCUCCAUCUCAACGAGCAGGCGCUACUGGCGGCGGUGAAUCGAUGAACCGCAAUCGUGACGACCUCCCCACCCUACGUAUCGCCUCCCUCUCGACCGACGCAAACGACGAAGAUCUCGAAGCCCUCUUCAAGCCAUUCCAGAGCAAGGGUCGUUUGGUACGUGCGAACGUCGUCGUCGACCACGUUACGCGCGAGAGUAGGGGACUGGGCUUUGUCAGUUUCGAGUCGAGGGAUGAUGCGGAGAAGGCGCUGCAAAAGAUGAACGGGAGGGGUUACGAUUCGUUGAUUCUGAGUGUUUCUUGGUCCGUCCCGAGAGAACAGCGUGGUGGAUAG